CACAUACAUAUAUGUUUGUUACACCACCAACACAAAGAACAACAACAAAUUUCCUUUCUAUUUCUUGCUAUCUCUCUCUCUCUCUCUCUCUUCUUAUCUUCUUCUACUUCUUCUCCUUCUUCUUUGUUGUCCAAAUUAAGACUUCGAGAUAGUAGUAAUAGGGUGAUGGGUAGAUCUCCUUGUUGCGAGAAAGAGCACACCAACAAAGGAGCAUGGACCAAAGAGGAAGACCAACGCCUCAUCAACCACAUCAAGCUCCAUGGUGAAGGCUGUUGGAGGUCUCUUCCCAAGGCUGCUGGUUUGUUACGAUGUGGGAAGAGUUGUCGGCUGAGAUGGAUAAACUAUUUAAGACCCGAUCUCAAGAGAGGAAACUUCAGUGAACAAGAAGACGAGCUUAUUAUCAACCUCCACAGCUUGCUUGGGAACAAGUGGUCACUAAUAGCGGCAAGAUUACCAGGGAGAACAGAUAACGAGAUAAAGAACUACUGGAACACCCACAUCAAAAGAAAGCUCUAUAGCCGUGGAAUUGACCCUGUUACUCAUCGUCCCGUCACCGGGACCACCACCAUCACAACCACCGUGGGGCCUACCACAACAAGACGUACCGCCAAUACCAACACCAACAACAACAGAAAACAAGCUUCCACCGUCGUCCAGACGAGCAAUCUCUUUUACGGCAAUACAAAUUGCUUCCAGUUGUUGGAACCAAUAGUGACGAAACAAAGUCCGUCACAAGAAUUUACAAUGAUGAUUGGCCACAAUACUGAUUCAGGCAAUACCGACAACAGUAGCAACAGCGACAACACUGGAGUUACGACGGAGGAAGCGAUGAAUGUUGCAGCCGAUGAAGAGAUCAAUUUGGAUCUCUCCAUCGGCCUUCCGAUGUCAUCAUCAUCAUCAUCAUCUUCAUGGCCAGAUUUGUUGCCAAAGACUGGGAGAGCAUGUUUGUGUUACAAGGAUGUUCUAGGGUUUCGUGGUAGUAGAGGUAGUACCAAUAGUAGCACCAACACUAAUAAGUUAUGUGGGUGUGGAUUAGAGACGGCCGCCACGGAAGAUCUAAGGGUUGUGCCGAAGUUAGCAUUAGCGACGGCUAGUAGUGUUUUUAGAUUUUAUAACGACGCUUAGUUAUCAUUUCUUCUAUAUUUUUUUUCUUCUUCUGGUUUUCUUUCGCAUAUACACGGGAACUUUCAUCGGCUUUGGAAAAACCUACGAAAUAGGAAAAACACGCCGGAGUAUAUUAUGUUGUAAAUAUUUAUAAGGCCACUUUGUGAGGGGUCGAGCUUCUAUGUAUUGUUAAAAAUGAGAUGAA